GGGAGCGGGCGAGUAGGAGGGGGCGCCGGGCUAUAUAUAUAGCGGCUCGGCCUCCGGCGGCCCAGCGCGCAAACUGGCGCGCACCGCACCGCGGGUCCCAGCUCCCACUCGUGUCCUCCCGCCGCUGCCCGCCGCCCCAUGCAGCCCGGGUAGCGCCCGGCGCCCGGGGGCCCCGUCGCUCGCCUCCCGCUCUCCCUCGGCUGCGCGCCCCCUGCCAGGGCUCGGGCCGUGCGCUCCCGCGGGCCGCCGCAGACGCAGCUCUGCCCUCGGCUUCCCGGGCGCACGGACCGCCUGACGGACGCACGGCCCUCGGGCCGGGAUGUCGGGGUCCGGGACGGCCACGGCGGCGCUGCUCCCGGCGGUCCUGCUGGCCCUACUGGCGCCCUGGGCGGGCCGAGGGGGCGCCGCCGCGCCCACCGCACCCAACGGCACGCUGGAGGCCGAGCUGGAGCGCCGCUGGGAGAGCCUGGUGGCGCGCUCGCUGGCGCGCUUGCCGGUGGCCACGCAGCCCAAGGAGGCGGCCGUCCAGAGCGGCGCCGGGGACUACCUGCUGGGCAUCAAGCGGCUGCGGCGGCUCUACUGCAACGUGGGCAUCGGCUUCCACCUCCAGGUGCUCCCCGACGGCCGCAUCGGCGGCGUGCACGCGGACACCGGCGACAGCCUGCUGGAGCUCUCGCCGGUGGAGCGCGGCGUCGUCAGCAUCUCCGGCGUUGCCAGCCGGUUCUUCGUGGCCAUGAGUAGCAAAGGCAAGCUCUAUGGCUCGCCUUUCUUCACUGACGAGUGCAAGUUCAAGGAGACACUCCUUCCCAACAACUACAACGCGUACGAGUCCCACAAGUACCCCGGCAUGUUCAUCGCCCUGAGCAAGAACGGGAAGACCAAGAAGGGUAACCGAGUGUCACCCACCAUGAAGGUCACCCACUUCCUCCCCAGGCUGUGACCCUCCGGAAGAGCCCUGCCUCAGCCUCGGGAAGCCCCCGGGAGGGGAGCGCCGAGGGCCACCUUGGUGCACUUUCUUCGGAUGAAGAGUUGAAUGCAAGAGUAGGUGUAAGAUAUUUAAAUUAAUUAUUUAAAUGUGUAUAUAUUGCCACCAAAUUAUUUAUGGUUCUGUGGGUGUGUUUCGUAUUUUUCUGGAAAAGAACAAAGACAUAAACAAAUGAAAAAACAACUCUGACUUUUCUGUGCAACGGUGGAGAAUCUUACCAUUGGAUUUAUUUAACUUGGCAAAAAAUUGUCACAAGUGUGCUGCUAUUCUGUGUUUUUAAAAUCAAUGACAUUAGAUUUCGAUGUCAACCCUGUUUUGAGCCAUCGGCCUGUGGUAUGGCGAUGAGCAUCCCUCUGUCUGGAAAGGCCUGCCUGAGGCUUUGGAAAUCGGUUCAGGGAGCUCUGGGCCGGGUGUCGGCUCCCCAGGCCAGCAUCUCUGGCGGCCCACUCCUUUUGUGCCCUGUUGCUAUUAAUCGGGACAUAUCGGUUUACUGCGGGUACAGAAAGUGCACUGUCGAGCACUCGCUGCCACUCUGUUUUUAGAUCUGCCAAGACUGACCUUUGAACUUUCCUGUAGUCAAUCUUCCUCGAUCUACCAGAUGGGAGAGACCCUUGGACAACUUUAUAAACUCCUGUGUUCCUUUUUUGGAUCCGCCACAGCCCACAUGACUGUGGCCAUUGGGGAAAAGACAAAGCUAUUUUGUAAAUUUGACAGAAAGGAAUCGCUGUCCUGCCAGAAGGCUAGAAAUGGACGAGAUGGUGUAUUUGCAAGCACGACUAAGAAACCAGCGAUGAAAUGUAAUUUGUGAUAGCAGGUACAUCUGAUAAUGUAAUAGAAUAUAUUUUUAUUAAAAAAACAAACCAGCCUUCCCCUAAAACAGGUUCCCCUGUGCUUGGGGAGCUUUGGGCUAGAACUAGCCAUUAUUUUUAGGUGAAAUGUCCGUGUAAUUGUACAAAGACACUUGGUGCAGUGUUUGCAAGGAGGAGCGUGCGGCUUUCUGAUGCAUUCCCUGCUUAAGUGCAUUUAACAUCUACCUCACAAACCCUUAAACCACCGGCGAAAUCUGCAGAAAGUUCAGACUGGGUGCAAGAGUUUGACAUCCAAGUUGCUCUUUUUCCAUAUGUAGCCAAAAAGGAUUGCAGAUAGCGUCGGUGCGUCCCAUUGGAACCUUGUCACGUUUGAGCUAUCUUUACCCUAUGAUUUACUUUUAGUAAGGGUAAUCAUGGUGAAAAUAUUUGCAGACAGCUGUUAGAGUGCACUAUAUGGUCACCAAGUAACCUUAUAUUUUUCUUUAUAUAUUUUACAAAUGUAACCCCUGUCGUUGAGAGAACCAUGGAAUAGGCGGGGUCGAUAAUGUUUAAAAAAAGUUCCGAGGUGAUGGCAAACAUUUAAUUUUAAUGAAUGACUCUUUAGAGUUUAUACAAAAUGACCUUAGCUUGCUACCAGAAAUGCUCCGAAUGUUUCCUCAAGACUUUAAUACUCUCCUAGGAUGUUUCUGAACUGUCUCCCAAAUUAACUUUAUGGGAGUCUACAGACAGCAAGACUGGAAAAUCUGAUUGGAGUUUUUGUCUUUCACAUUCCUUUUGAAAACUCUUUGUUUGAAUGCAAAUCAUCAACUUAAAAUACUAUUCUUAACCAAGGCCUAAGAAGAAAGAAGCCACUUGUGAAGCCACUGAGACAAGACCACACAUCUUAAACUGCUGUUCAUACAAUGUGAUACAACUUUUUAAAUUUUUAAACCACACCCUAGAGUCCCGCAGUGUUGAGGACAGAUGAUGAUUAGGUGUCUCCAUACUGUUUGGGGGUGGGGGGAUAAUUUGUUGACUUUCUGUAUUUAAUGUAUUCACAUAGUAACAAACCAUGAUUGUCCUAAAUGCAUUAAAUUAUUAUGAGAUAUUUCAGUGCCCAAUCAAAUUGUCAAGAAUGAAGAUGUCUUAGGUGCAGAAUUUGAUCACCCUUGGCCACUCGUAUAUGUAUUUCGUCAGCAGAUCAUGCGUGAUGCGUGCAGGGAUGUAACCGUACCUUUGAAACACUGUAAAGUCUUCCUAUUGCUGUGAUGGGGAUUUGAGGUUUCUGUAUUUACACACCGUUUCAGCAUCUGUCUGUGGUUUUGUACAGGUGCCUGUCCACGUUGCGAUGUAUGUGCUGUGCACACUGACAUGCCGAAUAAAACGAUAAGCAUUUAUCGUGCAUAAAAAGAACCCUGCUGGACUUGAUGUAAAUGAUUGGGAAAGGUAUUAAAAACUAUUAAAACAUGCCAUGAAA